UAGAGGAGCCCACGCGGGUAACAGUUUCUUCUUCAAGCUUCCUUCAGACAUUUUCAAAUAGUCCUUUACGCCGAUAACACAACGUGUUUUCGCGACGUCUCGCUGUCAGUCGCGACUCGGCGCCGUGAUUCUGCGUUCGAUUCGAUUGGCUUACGAGUGACUUCCUCGGGAGACACGGUUCCCUCCUUGUUGGAACCCAUUCAACGUCCAAGUGACUCCAAGAGUAUUUCCAACUGGCAAACGAAAACUUUGAAUAAUCGUCCUUUCAGUCUUUUUUUUUUCUUUUUUGUUUUUUUUUCUUCUUCUUCCCGCCAACGAUUAUCGUAAUCGAUGAUUCUCGGUUAAAAAAUGAGAAUCGAGGAAGAUCGAUCUCGCCUUUCCAACCGUUUAUUUCAAUAUCGUCGAGUGACUACGAAAUAAUUUCAAUAAGUAGCCAAGAAGUGGAAAUCGAGUUUCUUUCACCAUUAAUCGUGGUUGUCUCUAACGAAAUUGCCUCCAGCGUUUAACACAAGCCAGCCUUUCAAGACGAUAAUAUAUAUCCCCUGUCUUCAUGCAUGCGUCUCUCAAGUGACUCUCCUGCGAAGAUAGCCGGCUCCUACACUACCUACUUCAUCAAUUUCCCUUCGCCAAUUUCCUUAUCAAUGAAAUUGUCCUCCUCCAAUCCUCGCCGUAUCCCACCGUGACUUUUUUUUUCUCAACAUUUGUUGAGAAUCUCUCCCGGAUUGGCCGGAUUCCGUUAAGGCCGCGGCAUGUAUUUCCAUCGAUCGGAUAUCGGCUCGUCAAUCUGCAUACGUCUCGUUCUGCUAUUCCUGAUUUUUCUAUCGGCAAACAUCGAACGAAUCGAAGGUAGAAAAUGCGUGUGCACGAGCAAGGACUGCAAGGCAGCCGGGGUGGACACGUGCAAAACAAAGUUUUCCUGUUACACGGAGUGGAUUUUGACCAGGAAUCAAGAAUUGGAAGAGAACGCUACAACCAGGGGAUGCACGUACAGGUUUGCCACGCCAUUGUUGUGCGAGACAAAGUCCUGGGUCACGAGGUCGAAGUCGAGCGACAACGUGGACCGAUCGUCGGCCGCCUGGAUCCGCAUGCAAAGAUUGAAGUGUUGCAACAACCACGACUACUGCAACGCUGAUCGCAACGUGAACGCGUCCACGAGGAUCCACGACAAAGACAGGCCCGAUCCCGUCAAUUCUACUUUAGACUAUAACGGUUCCUUUAAUGGGAUGUCGCCGAGCCGAGACGUAAUGGGAUCGAUCGAGCCUGAUCCGAUUGCCGAAGGACGAGAAUCGUCAGAUUUCCCGUUUCACGAGAAUCGCGUUAAGCCGCUUCUCGUCGCAGCUCUGGUCUUGGCGAUCGCUGCCCUCACAUCGGUCCUAGCCGCAUGCUACGUUAUUACAAGGAUGAUGGAUCGUGCGGCGCCAAAUCGACGAGGCGAGGAAACGAACGUGGGAUAUCCUGCGGUUUCAAGAGUCAUCGAAUGCAUGACGAAGCUCGGCGAGGGACAGUUUUGGGCAAACAACUCGGUGAAAUCCUUUGUUUCCAGCUGUAUGAUGACUAACAUCGAGCCCUCCUCUCUCGUUCGAGUUCCGUCCUCCCUGUUGCACGGGCUUUGAAGCACCAGGUGCUUCGGCUUGUUUCGAUCGCAAUUAGUCAUCCUUAAAACGCGCGCAAGGAAACGGGGGACACGCACCAGGAAGGAAGGAAGGAGAGAAAGGAAGGAGAACGCGUGUGGAAAUCCGUGUGAAAAGUCGGGCACGGGUAUUUUCGAAUCGUGUCCCGUGUAACGAAUCGCGUGUAAUACAAGUGUGGUAAAAUGUCGGUUGUGCAAGUGAAUUUAACUGUAGAACCAACAACUGUCGAAACCGAUGCGCGGCGGUAUCUAACGCGAUAAGAUAAAUUAUUAUGCGUAAAACAAACUGCAUUCCCGUUUUACAGGAUUUACUGUUCUGCUGUGAUUGUACGUCUGAUUGUGCGCAUAAGAAGCUUAUUAGAAUAAAGCGGAUCUUGAUUUACAUAUA